UCAACAAAAUUCCUAUAAAUUCUGGGUUAUUUUGAGUACCGAAAGAUGAUGUGAUGAUGCCACAGCGGGUUAGACUGCAGCACGAAGCUGCCAUUCAACACCCAAACAGUAUUAUUGGUUGCCAAGUCAGAAGAGAGCCACUGGAGUCUACUGAACGGUAUACUCGUUGGAUCAAUAAUCUGACUGAAGAGCAACUUCUUACACAGGUGUUUACCUCCCAUGGACCUACUGUGAUCAUGCCAACCUGGUUCUGUUCUCGAGAAUGGUUUUUUCACGUGGGAAAAUUUGAUGAGGGUGGAAAGGGUAUUCCAGAAGAUCUGUUGUUUUUUUAUAAACAUAUCCAAAAGGGCGGUGAAGUCUUUCGAGUAAACCAUUGCCUCCUGCUGUACCGUUACCAUCCACAGGCUGCAACUCAUUCCGUCCUAGAGGGAACCAUCUGGAAUCACCGAGUCAGGUUUCUUGAAGACAGAGUCCUGAGCUCCUGGACAUCAUUCACCAUUUGGAAUGCUGGCAAGCAAGGCAAGAAGCUCUACAGAAGCUUGUCACUAGCUAAUCGGAAAAAGGUAACUGCAUUUUGUGAUGUUGAUGAAAAGAAAAUAACAAAAGGAUUCUACACCUAUGAAGAAUCUGAGGAGAGACCAAAACCAAAAAUUCCUAUAUGUCACUUCAGAGACGCAACUCCACCUUUCAUUAUCUGCGUGAAGCUGGAUUUGACAGGUGGAGCAUUUGAAACAAACCUGAACACGCUGAACUUGAAGGAAGGGAUGGAUUAUUAUCACUUUAACUAAAAACCAAGCGCACUUCGCAGCUCGUGCUGAGAAUCCAGUUUGUCAGAAUGCCGCAGCACAAACUCUUCCAGUCCUUAAUGGCAGCCGAACCAUGUGCUUCAGUUCACAAACCAGCAGCCAGCGCCUGCAACUUCAUUAUG